UAUUGAUAAGAGAUAAAGAUAGAAGCUUUUCGGCGAUAUGUAAAUAAGGAAGUUUAAUUUACUCCUAGAUGAAAAUAUGAGUUUCACUCCUAGAAACUGAGGCAAAUACCUACCUGAAGAAUUUUACGUUUUCCAGCGAUUUCACUCCUUUGUCUAACAGCUGCUUUCGUAAACAACAAGUAAUUCUGCCGGCUCAUUUGGAUAUCAAUCAAUUUGAUGGAGUGAACUGCCACCCAUAAUCAUAUCAAGAAUAUACUCUACACCAUGACUGAACCGAUAUCAGUGUACGACCUGACCUAUCCCAGCCCUAUCACCCUGAAAGAAAUCUCAUCCAUCGUAGUUGCUGUGGAAUUAUGGCGAGAUGAAAUCUGCGUUCAUCUCGAAAGUAAGCGUUUACACGAAUUGGAUUUUAAGAAAGAUACCAGGCUGGAAAAUAAGAUUCCCAAUUUGCCAUCGGUAAUUUACAAUUUACUCGAAGGAUAUGUCGACACAUUCAGAAAAUCAAUCACGAAAUGGCAGAAAUAUCAUUACCGUAAUGUAUUCGAUGAUAGUGGUUCGAUGAACGUUUUAAGCCGAUUCCAUGAUUUUGCAUGGGACUGGGAUGGCGCCAUUCACGAAGAGCGCACAGCCAAACGAAUGAUGUUGUGCGAUCGAUUCACUGAAGACGAGAAAUUCAAAAUCGCUUGUUUGUACUGCUUCGAAGAUGAUAUCAAACAGAUUUGGCCAUCUGUCAGCCAGACGAAGGAUUCAAAUGGAAAUAAUUUUCGAACUUGUCCUCAACAGUACUACUGGAUCUGCUAUCUUAGAAACGAAUUGCACAAAAUUCCUAAUCCAUAUAAUGAGCCUAUUGACAAUUUCAUGAUUUUUAGUUUGUGUGAGUUUAAUUGUAAAUCCAGAAACCAUUCAUCUGUUAUGUAUUUUUGGAAUCGUUUACCAUCUGGCAGCUGGUCACCAAUAGUCUACGAAUUCCUCUAUCGGCGAGUGGUAUUCGUUAGGUUUAUUUUACCAAAACUAAACAACCAUCAACUCGACAUUCUCGUCGCCAAAUACGGCGCUUAUUUGGUGGAGUUUCUGUUGAAAUUUGCAUCAACCAUAGUCCAUGUACUUCCAACUUGGACGUACAUUCGAAGCAGGAUCGAUAUAAGCAAUUUUUCGCGUCUUAUUGAUCAACUGCUAUGCGCAGAAGCUAUUGGCGGCAAUCAUCUACAUUCUAGAAGUGUUGUGUAUUUGUUCGACGAGAUAUGGAAGAGUGCUCCGCAUCAUUUCAAACGAUCGGUUUUGGAUGAUGCGCUACACGAUGAUCGAUUCUUUCGCUUGAGACAUAUGAGACUAGGGGCCAGUAGAGGAAUGAAAUUUUUCAUCACAGUAUUGCGAGAUGCUACUUUUGAAGAGAGAGACGAAUUUUGGCAUUUAAAUUGGCACGAUUUGAUCUUUUGCGCGCCUGUCGAAGAUUUUGUUGUCAUGAUGGAAUUGUCUUUUCAAAAUGAAAAUGAAAUUACUUCGUUUAAAGAAACCCUUAUGACUAUAUAUGAAAAUAUCGUGGGAGGGUGCGCCUCGUUGCUGAAACACGGUUUGUUCGAAGAAUUGAAUGACUUUUUGUCUGUUUGCUACCUCGAUGAGCAAAAAAGAACCGAGUUGAAACGGCGAUUGUUGAGGUCGAAUUAUGUCGGAGAAAAUUCUGUAUUCACGCGUACCGUAGUUAGAAAAAGAAAAUUGCUGAAUGAGUUCAUCGACGAUGCUUUUCAAGAUACUGCUGAUCUCGGCGUUGAAUUUAGAAACCAAUUAACAUCAUCUCCUGUAACCCAAAACUGUUUACUCGAAUGUAUUCGCUGUGGCGGCUUCGUUAUGGUGAUGGAAUUCGUCGACGUUUUUUAUCCAGAUGAACAAAUUGUAAUGACUCUGAAAAAACGUUUUUUUGAGCAUUUCAAAGAGCAUCUCAUUGCUGGUAAUAUUCUGAACCUGGAUAGUAAUAAUCUACAUGCAUUUCUUAUUUGGUUGUUGGGUAACGAAGACGAAGUCAUCAGAUUCAAGCAAUCAAUACCUAUUGAGCGAGUUUUUCGUACUAUGAUGCAAAUUGAGUGGAGAAGUGAAGCAGAAUAUGUUGAUGAUGAUUUUAAGCCGCAAUUUCCUGAGAACGUGGAUCAAUUUUUAAUAUGGUAUUUUAACAAGGAUGAAGAAGAAAUUGAGAUGUUUACAAAGCUAUUUCUAAAUAAUGAAUUCAAGUCUUUCCUUCCUAGAAAACGUAGAAAAAUUGUGUAGAUACCAUAGCUGGGUCUAAUUCUUGAAAUCAAAAAUUAGGUAUCUCUUGUUAUCUAUACUAAUUAAGCUUGUCAAAUUGAUAUCGUUUACUUGUUUGGUGUUUUCAUUCUUACUGCAUUUGCAUUUGCGAUUCUUAUAAUCGUAAUUAUUGUACAUAUGUAGUUAGGUACUGAUUUUCAAGUAGUAGGUAAGUAUGUAAUAAUACAUUGUAUCAUUUGUAUCAAAUGCUCGUAAUAAACGUAGGUAUGCAAUAAA